AUGGCGUCCAGUGAAAAAGGAUGGUCGCUGGUGGCUGCAGAGAAGCGUUUCGCAAUCCUACAGUCACUUCCAGCUGAAUGGAAAGUCGUGUUGGAAGAUCGCUCCAGCUUGAAAGAUGUUACAGGGCCGUAUAUCGAGAAGUUUCUCGAUGUCGAAGAAAUACUCAUCACAAACUCAGAUGCGGUCACGAUUUUAGAGAAUGUGGCGAACGCGACAUGGACUGCGCGACAAGUCACGAAAGCGUUUUGUCACCGAGCCGCGCUGGCUCAUCAAAUGACAAACUGUCUCCAUGAGAUGUGCUGGGAAAGUGCUAUGGCCGAAGCAGAAAGGCUCGAUAACUAUUUCGAACGCCACAAGACGACAGUAGGUCCGUUGCACGGGCUUCCAAUCAGCAUGAAAGAUCAGUUUCAUAUCAAAGGAACUGAGUCCACACUAGGCUACGUUGGCUGGAUCGGCACAUUCGAAGGAAAGCGUCAGACGGAAACGAGUCAAUCCUUCGAAAGUUUUAUUGUGCAGAUCUUAAGAAGCUAUGGGGCAAUUUUCUUUUGCAAAACAAGUGUUACCCAGGCAUUAAUGUCAGGCGAAACGGCAAACAAUAUCAUCGGCUAUACGUUCAACCCGAAGAACCGGAAUCUGAGCGCUGGCGGUAGUUCCGGCGGAGAAGGAGCGCUAAUGGCACUUCGAGGUAGUCCUGUCGGCUUUGGCAGUGAUAUCGGAGGCUCAAUUCGUGUGCCUGCCGCGUUCAAUGGUUUGUAUGGGAUCCGGCCUUCGGUUGGUCGGCUUCCCUAUCGUGGUGUGCCGAUAAGUAUGGAUGGGCAAGAAUCUAUUCCGUGCGUUAUUGGUCCAAUGGCGACAACCAUACGAUCGCUCAAGUUGAUGUUCCAGACCGUGUUACGGAGUGAACCUUGGUCUGGCGAUCCAAUGGUGCUGGAACUCCCAUGGCGUCAGCAGCACGAGCACCAGACAUGGGCAGCAUGCCACAGCCAGAGUUCUGCCUCGAAUCUCACAAUCGGCAUCUUUCGCCAUGACGGCGUAGUCGGUGUGGACCCCCCGGUACAACGUGCACUGGAUAUGAUGGAAAGUGCUCUCCGUCGCGAAGGACAUAACUACGAGACUUGGAUGUUCGAUGGCGGCCAGGAUAUCCAUCAUAAUCUUGGUAUAUCCGGCGAGCCCAUUGUUCCGCAACUAGAAAUGGCCUUUGGUUCGACCCCUGGAACGCAGAAGAAUGCCUCUGAGAUUGCGGCUAUCAAUGUGAAGCUGCGAGAAUAUAGGACACGAUACUUUGAUUACUGGAACAGCACUUCCAAUCUAAGUCCUAGCGGUCGACCGGCCGACGCUUUUAUCUCUGCCAUUGCUCCAUUUGCGGCACCACUGCCGCAGCAGUACACACACAACGCGUAUUCAACAACAAUCAACGUGCUGGAUUACACCGCGACAGUGCUGCCUGUAACAACCGUCGAUCAAGAAAUUGAUGUGAUCGAUACUCAGUACCAGCCACUGACUAAAAAGGAUCGGUUACGCCACGAGAAUUAUGACCCAGAGCUUUACCAUGGCGCUCAUGUUGGUCUACAGAUUGUGACACAGAGGCUACAGGAGGAAAAAGCUGUAGUCUUGACGGAAUACCUGGACAGCCUAUUGAAAGGUGAUUAUUCUACAGCGAUGGGUGACCAGGCGGCGUAG